AUAAAGAGCUUUCUCUUGUUAUCAACUUCGACAAUCAUCAACACCGUACAUAACUCCCACCAACGACGACGACGACGACGAAGACUAAAGUCAUCGUCGAUGGCGGCAAUUUCCACCACUUCACUCCUCUUCAAAACACUUUUCGUCUUCUUCGUCCUCAUCUCCAUUUUCACACCCGGAGCUCUUUCAGAUCCCACUAACCCAGAAUGUCAAGAAGAAGCCAACGACUCCUGCAUCGACAAGGACAGAGCUCAAACCCUAAAAAUAAUCGCUAUCUUCUCCAUCCUUGUCACCAGCGUGAUCGGCGUCUGCGCCCCCCUCUUCAGCCGCUCAAUUCCGGCACUCAGCCCUAACCGAAACCUCUUCAUCAUCGUCAAAAGUUUCGCCGCCGGCAUCAUUCUAGCCACCGGGUUCAUGCAUGUGUUGCCGGAUUCUUUCGAUAUGUUAUGGUCGCCUUGCUUGCCGGAGAAUCCCUGGCACAAAUUUCCGUUUACUGGGUUCGUGGCGAUGUUAUCGGCGAUUGUGACGCUGAUGAUUGAUUCCAUGGCCACCAGCUUUUAUAGCAAAAAGAACAGUACUGAAAUCCUGCCGGAGGGGAAUAACGACGGCGGCGAGGGUGUGAACAGGGGUGAUGUGGAGAUGGCGGCAGCUGGUUUUGGGCAUUCUCACGGUCACAAUCAUGGGCCCAAGGGCGAUGAAAUUAGUGUUGGUUCUAAAGAAUUGCUGCGUUACCGCGUUAUUGCCAUGGUACUGGAGCUGGGUAUAGUGGUACACUCAGUGGUGAUCGGACUUUCACUGGGAGCUUCAAACAACGUAUGCACCAUUAAAGGUCUGGUAGCUGCUCUCUGUUUCCAUCAAAUGUUUGAAGGCAUGGGUCUUGGUGGCUGCAUUCUCCAGGCGGAGUACAAGCUGUUGAAGAGACUUAUAAUGGUGUUUUUCUUCUCGGUUACGACGCCGUUUGGCAUAGCUUUGGGGAUGGCUUUGUCAACGACGUAUAAAGAAAACAGUCCGAGAUCACUUAUAACGGUGGGUCUGUUAAACGCCUGCUCCGCCGGACUUCUCGUCUACAUGGCCCUCGUCGACCUUCUUGCCGCGGAUUUCAUGGGUCCUAAGUUGCAGAGAAGUAUUAAGCUUCAAAUCAAAUCAUAUGCUGCCGUUUUGUUGGGUGCUGGUGGCAUGUCUCUCAUGGCUAAAUGGGCUUAAUUAAUUACUCCCAGAAACUCAAAUAAAUUUCCUUGUUUUGUUCUAAAUUUUCUUCGCUGAUCAACAAUGUACAACAACGUCGAGUAGCUUUUUGUUUUUUGUUAAUGAAUCGUACAGGUGUUCCCCUGUUUCUUAAUGCAAUCUCAGAUUUACAUA